CAAAAAUGGGUAACUGAAGUUGGUGUGAGAAGCCUUUUAUCGAAAAGCAGAAAGAACUUGUGAUAUUAAACAGUCCUAAAUUCUUAACUGUCAAGAAUGUGAAAGAUGACUUCAAUGCAGAUUUAAAAGAUUCUGCAAGUCAGAACAGUUCAUAUAUGAUAGAGAAAGAACAAAUUGACAUGGAAAAGCUUACUUCUAUAUAUUACAAUGCUCAAGGGAAAGAACCAGACGGAAAAUCUAAAAUUGGGGAUUCUUAUUUGUACAUUGAUUGAAGAAAUCAAUGGAGUAUUAAUUUCCUUAAUUCUAUAUCUUGGAAUAAUGAUUUUGGCAAAAGAGUUGCCUAUAUUUUACCUCCAGAAAUUAAGGGUGUUGGAAUAGGCUAUCUUGAUCAAAAAUGAGAAGCUGUAAAGAAGUUCUUAACUCAUUGAAUUCAGAACGAAUUAGAAUGGCUCUGGGUAAACUACAUUGCUCUUGACAAAUGGGAAAAACAGUAUAGACUUGGAAUUAAUGAGUUUAUACCUUCUCUAGUUCCUGCAAUUUCAAAAGUCACUAAAUGGGUUGGAAUCAACUAUUUCAAGCUAGACUCUUACAGCUUUCAAACUAUUGUAAAGGGUGCAUCUAAGGCUGAGAAGCUAGAUUUAGAUAACUGAUCUUUUAAAUUUGAUAAUGAAAUGGACUUUGGAAACCAAGAGUAUAAAAUCCAGAUAAUUUCAAUGGAAGACACAUUUAUUAGAGAUCUUCCUUCAAAAAUGUCUAAAAGAGAUGUGAUAAGACCAGUCCAGAAUUUUGUUGAAGGUAAAUAAACCUAUGUUUCCAAGUAUCAUUCUGACUAACUAUGCCUUCAAUGGCCAUGCAAUUUUUGGCUGUUGAUACCCUAGAAAUAUUCACAAUUUUCUAGCAAUUUCAAAAAGCACUCUAAAAGAUUCUCUUGAAGAGAUAAGCAGAAGUGAUUGAAAUAUUAGCUCCAAAGAUUUUCUUGACCAAAUUUCAAGAUUCAUUGACAAUGAAACUCAAAUUCUAAUAACAUAGAAUUCAAAGAGGCAUUGAAGAAGGACAUGCUCAUUUGUUU